GAGCACCCCCGGCCCGCGUGUCCCGCGCCCGGCUCCGUGCGCCCCGCGCCCCCGGGCCGUGCGCCCCGCUCCGUGCGCCCCGCGCCCCCGAGCCCCGAUGGCCCCGAGCCGCUGAGCCGCCCCCCAGCCCGCCAUGGCGCGCCGCCUCCUGCUGCUGCUGCUGCUCGCGCUGGACCCGCUGGACUCGCUGCCCCGCGCCCAGGGCGCCCGCAGCCGCGCCGUCAACCGCACGGCCAGCGCCGCCGCCGUCGGGGGCCGGCGCCCCGGGGGAGCCCCGUCCCGGGGCGGCCGCGAGCUGAACAGCACGGCCGAGGCCGGGAGCCGCCGCGGCCAGCCGGCCGCGGUCACCUACGAGACGUGCUGGGGCUACUACGACGUGAGCGGCCAGUACGACAAGGAGUUCGAGUGCAACAACAGCGAGAGCGGCUACCUCUACUGCUGCGGCACCUGCUACUACCGCUUCUGCUGCAAGAAGCGCCACGAGAAGCUGGACCAGAGGCAGUGCACCAACUACCAGAGCCCCGUGUGGGUGCAGACGCCCAGCACCAAGCUAGUGUCGCCGGGCCCCGAGAACAAGUAUGACCCGGAGAAGGACAAGACCAACUUCACCGUCUACAUCACCUGCGGGGUCAUCGCCUUUGUCAUCGUGGCUGGAGUCUUCGCCAAGGUCUCCUAUGACAAGGCCCACCGCCCACCUCGAGAGAUGAACAUCCACAGGGCUCUGGCUGAUAUCUUAAGACAGCAAGGACCAAUUCCCAUAGCACACUGUGAAAGAGAAACUAUAUCAGCCAUCGAUACCUCUCCCAAAGAAAACACACCAGUCAGAUCAUCCUCAAAAAAUCACUACACCCCCGUGCGUACAGCCAAACAGACUCCAGGACAUUAUGGGAAGGAUGCUUAUCGGAGUGGAGGACCUGAUCUUCAUAAUUUCAUCUCAUCUGGAUUUGUCACGUUAGGAAGAGGACACACGAAGGAGAAGCCACGGAUGAACAACAUUUUGACGUCGGCCACUGAACCCUAUGACCUCUCCUUCUCCCGCUCCUUCCAAAACUUGACCCACCUCCCUCCAUCUUAUGAAUCUGCAGUGAAGACACACCCCAGCAAGUACUCAUCCCUGAAAAGACUGACCGAUAAGGAUGCUGAUGAAUAUUACACACGGAGGCGGCACCUACCUGACCUCGCAGCCCGAGGAACUCUCCCUCUCAACGUUAUCCAGAUGUCCCAACAGAAGCCACUGUCCCGAGAGCGGCCACGUCGCCCCAUCCGGGCCAUGUCCCAGGACAGAGUCCUUUCGCCAGAACGGGGUCUCCCUGAUGAGUUUGGCAUGCCCUAUGACCGCAUCUUGUCCAAUGAGCAGCUGCUCUCAACGGAGCGGCUGCACUCCCAGGACCCCCUGCUGUCCCCUGAGCGCACGGCCUUCCCUGAGCAGUCCCUGUCGCGGGCCAUCUCGCACACGGACGUCUUUGUGUCCACCCCUGUGCUGGAUCGCUACCGCAUGACCAAGAUGCACUCCCAUCCCAGUGCCUCCAAUAACUCCUACGCCACCUUGGGUCAGAGCCAGACUGCAGCCAAGCGCCAGGCCUUCGCGUCCCGCAGACACAACACAGUGGAGCAACUGCACUACAUCCCAGGCCACCACACCUGCUACACCGCCAGCAAGACUGAAGUGACCGUGUGACCAAGCAGGCAGCGCCAGGCUUCCUGGCGGGAGCAGGGCAGGGAGCAGAAGCAGAGCCUCUUCUCGCUCUCUUCAUUUCCCUUUCCUGGUUCCCUCCACGGGAGGUGGGAGAACGGAUGGAUGGGCCCCCGUCGCCCAGAAAGCCAUACUCCUGGAGAUCCAGCAGGUGGCUUGACACGGCAUGCUUAGAUAAGGGAUGCAGAGGGAACAUUCUCACUCUCACUCGAAGGGGUAGAGGGUGUGAGGAUAGGGGCUAAGAUCCAAUCUCAUUCCUUUCCAACUCUCAGUCUCACAUACCCUUCUACCCUUCCCGGAGACUCAGCAGCAGGUUCUGUCAGCCAAGGACCUACAGCCCCACCCUGGUGUGAAUCUGCUUGGGUUUGAUUUGGCCAGUGGGUACCGCCCACCAGCUGACUGAAUAGGCUACUUGGUCUCAUUCAUUUACCUAGAACUGCAUCAUGGAAAUCUUCUAGUGCCUAAGAACUGCCUGCUGACUCUCUGAGGGCCAGAGAGCUGCUGUGUCCAUAAGCACAAUAAUGAGCCUCUUCUGCCCACUGUAACUCUCUGGUCCCCACUGAGACACCCUUUCUUUUCUGACCCAACCCUGGCUCUGUACCCCUCUUCCAGCCCAAGGAUAAGAAAUGGAUUUUCUUCUGUCUGCUGCCUCUGCGUCGUUGGAAACCUUGUCGACUUCUAGGUGGCUGCCCCAUCUGCCAGCCUUUACAUGGUUCUCUGACUCCAAAUUUCUUACUUCUGAGUUCUCUAGGACUUUGCUUCAGCCCUAACUAAGGAGAGGAGUGAUGGGGAGCAGGGACAUUUGGGGUGUCCUACUCAGAAGCCUGGUUAUCUCACUAUUCUUCUAGGCCUUUCAACCUUGAACUAUGACCUGCCACUUUGGCCUGCCUUCCUCUCCUCUGCUCUACUCCCUGGAGACAUCUGUCCUUGGCCAGAGAGCAGUGGGUGGGGAGGGCCACUGUGAUACCCUGGUCUCAGGGGAGUACCGUUCCCGCCUUCCAGGGUCUUCCUCUCUAGUUACGCAUGUCAAGCAGGGCAGAUGCUUCUAGAGAGGCUUCUUAUUCCAUCUGAAGAAGACCUGAGAGGCUUGUCCUGUACCUUUCUAGCCGCUCUCUUCCUACACUGGGCCCUUCUGGGAUCCUUUCCUAACUCUAUCCUCAUUACCCUCUCCCUCUAUCCCUGUCUCUCUCUCUUUCUCUCUGUUUCUCUUUCUUACCCUUCUCUUACCCUCUGUGUCUCUCUCUUUCUCACUAUGCCUAGUUCCCUACCUUCCAAUCUUCUGUAGUUCCAUUACUCUCCCACAGUUGCUGUUUCUUCUGGAUUCAAGAGAUCUAUUGUCAAAAGCAAAUAGUGGUUCUUUAAGCUGUUAUCUGGGAGCUGUAUGAGCAGUUCCACAACCCCUCCCUGCAAGGGGCAUUCAGACAACAGUCAGAGAGACCUGUGGUCUCAGCUCUUGUGGAAAGAUACCCCCAGCACCCAUUCUCCAUCAUCUGUCUCCACCCUGGGGAGUGGGAAAACUGAAGAACUCCUGGAGAGUGGGUAGUGAAUAGAGAAGUACCCACUCUUCAGAGACAGAGCCUGGAGAAAGAGAAGGAGCUCUCCCAUGGUCAGAACUAGAGCACCGUCCUGAGCUAUGGCAAGUCAGCUCCAAAUGUUUGGAUGAAGAUGUGAUACUAAAAUUUCUACUGCUGCUUCAGUCAAGCUUCAAAAUCAAUGAAGAGAAUUUUAAGAGUUCCCCAAUUCUGUAUAGGACAUACAUGGCAUUUUAAAAAUUGGAAGGAGGCAGGGAGAAUGCAAUGUUAGGCUAAGCCCGAAUCUAAUGAAGUCUACAAGCUACAGUGAAACCAGUCACCUGAUUCUUACAUGAUUAAAGAACUCCAACGCUCUUGUUUACUCCUUAGGCUCACCCCCUGAGCAGAAGAUCAUCAGCAUGAAUCAUUAGAUGAUUGAAUCAGGGUGAUAAUCAAUCACAGCCCUAUACUUCUUCAACGGGCACCCAGAAUUGGGAUUGAAAGUCUGAGGAUAGGGCUAACUUUCUACUUUCCUCCUCAACAAACACAUAAACCUCAAGGGCUGGUUCCCAAGGGUUUAUGAGAGUUUGUUCAAGAAGCCAAAAUUAAGAGGGUUUGACUGGAAGAAAUUGGAGAAGUUGGCUACUGUUUACUCAAAGAUAUGUAUAUUUUCAUUGGGUCACUUCAACUAAGUGUUCUGUAGUCUAAAAGUCCAAAACCAGUGCCCUGGAUAUUGGUAAUAAGGUGGGUAGGGAAAGGAAGUGGGUGGGUAAAACCCCCUUCCUGACUGAUGAUACAGUCACACGCUAGCUCAGAAAUAUAAAUCUUAUUUCGGAAGCUUCCUCUCUGAACCAAGUUCUCCUGUCUUCAAUAUGAUCAUUUUUCCCCUUUCCUGUCUGUUUUGAAGUUGAUAAGUAGAUUGAAAAUACAUUUCUCAUCCAAGUCUUAUUACUUAUUCUAUUUAUAUCCUCUGGUGUUAGAUCAGAAAAUGUUAUCUAAAUCCUUUUUUCUCAAUGAUUUUUGCCUUUACCUUUGGUAAAGAUGACAGGAAGAAGAAAGAAAGAAAGAAAGAAAGAAAGAAAGAAAGAAAGAAAGAAAGAAAGAAAGAAAGAAAGAAAGGAAGGAAGGAAGGAAGGAAGGAAGGAAGGAAGGAAGGAAGGAAGGAAGGAAGGAAGGAAGGAAGGAAGGAAGGAAGGGGGACAGAGGGAGAGAGAAAGGGAGAGAGGGAGGAAUUGAGGGAGACAGGAAGGGAGGGAGGGUGGGAGGCAGGUAGACAGGCAGGCAAGAAGGAAGGAAGGAAGGAAGGAAGGAAGGAAGGAAGGAAGGAAGGAAGGAAGGAAGGAAGGAAGGAAGGAAGGAAGGAAGGAAGGAAGGAAGGAAGGAAGGAAGGAAGGAAGGAAGGAAGGAAGGAAGGAAGGAAGGAGGAAAUGAAAAGCUACAGGGAGAGAAGGUAAGAAAAAAGAGUACCCUACGCAUGUCCUACAUCUUGAACCAUCCCUCAUCAUAAAAUCCAUAGAAUUAUGUUUUAACUGGAACGUGGAACUUACCUUAUUUAUUCAAUUGUUCCAUUUAUGUUUACAGAGCAAGCAAUACCAAAACCACAUUUCCAGGUGAAUUUACAUGGCAGAUUAAAGAAGGUUCUGGGGCUCGAAUCCAGUGGAUAUCACUUCCAUUACCACCAGGCUGUUGGCUACCACCACACAUAGAGGGAAGAAUCUCCCUGAUCUGAGAACCCAGCAAGGGAAGGACAGAAUACCCCACUAUAGGUUUUGUUCUUUCUAAAAUCUUCACUGUCUCAUGAUUCCUGUCUCUCAUGAAAGUGUUCCACAAGUUCCUUCCUCAUGGAGAUUUUUCUGGUGUCCCUUGUUUCUGAUGGCAGCAGUUUUUAUAACCCUCAUUCUUUCUUCCUUUAAUCCCUCCAGUAAACUCUAGCUCUAUGCUCAUGAGUCACAAAAUAUUUUCCCAGAACUUCUUAAAACCCUUCUAUGGGUCUGUGCUUCAAGACUCCCAGUGUCUUCGGUGAGAGGUCUAAUGCCUGGAAAACUCCAAUUCUUUCCUUCAUUCAAAUUUCUCUGCUAAUUCUAUUUGAUUUCCUUCCAGUUAGUUUAGUCUUUCCUUCUUCACAUCACCCUAGGCUUGUCCUUUUCUUCCACUUAUUUUCUUGCCAUGACAAAUUUUAUUUCUCUUGGUCUUACUAUGUAGACUAGAAGUAAUCUACACAAAAUUGGAUGAAAUCAUGCAAAAAUUAAAAGAAGACUUUUCUAGAUCUUCUAUUUGCCUUGUUAGUUUAUCCUGUACCUCCUUUCUCAAAGAUAAUGCCCCAGGGUCCAAAGCAAAGGGCCCUCCCACUUCAAUUUUUAGGAGAACAGGAAUAAAAGCUGUCAGAAGAACCUGGACUUAAAUAUAGGCUUUGGUUUUAGCAGCUGCAAAGUACCUUGAAGUUCUUACUUCAGCCAUCAACUAGCCCAGAGACUCCUUCUCUGGCCAAAGAUUCAUAUCUCUGAAGGCUUUCAGCUAUUAUUCCACCUCAAUUGUACCUAUUUUUCUUGUAUAUGUUACAGAUAACCCUUUGACCCAAAAAACUUGAGAACUUCAUGAUUCAGUAAGCAUGAAUAAAUAUCCAGUCCAAUAACCCCUGACACCAAACAUGAUACUAUUCCUCAGAGAUAAUUUGUCUGCCAUCAGCCUUCAAACUCAGGUUCCUUCCAUAGGCAGAUGUGGACUCAACUUGAGGUAACCUGGAAGGGCUGCCAACGACCUGAAAUCUAGACAACUCUUCUCUGGGAAGAGUUGACAUGUUAUAUCCCAAAUACACUUUUCCAAACCUGAAAAACAUUGCUCUGGGGUGUUUUUAUGGAAGCUUGAUGUGUUUAAUGAAGUAUUUUUCAAGGUCCAAAUGUUAUUUUUUAUAAAUAUAGCAUUUUACUGACAGAUUCAGUAUGAAAGGUAUGUAUUCCUGACUAUAUUUAAUUUUGAAAGGAAGCAUAGUAUAGGAAUAAAAGAAGCAUAGGGCUGGAGUUCUUGGAGACAUAGCUUCUUCCCUGAUUUUGUCGCUUGCCAUGUUAACCAAGGAAAAAUGGUGUUCUUGCUCAGUGCCUCAGUUUCCCUAUCUGUUAAACAAGAACUUUUACUAAAUGAACUGUGAAGUUUCAUCCACUUCUUACCUGGUAGAACUGUCACUUCUCAUUAAACCCCUCCUUUUUAUGCAUUGCCCCCAUUCUCCAUUGAGCUGCAUAUAUCUCAAUACAAAUUCCUCACCAGAGCUUUGAGUAGGUCUCAGACUCUCGGACCUCUGGGAAGCUCUAAAGGUGUAAGGGUCUACCCAUUCAACAUGUCAAUAAUUUUGUUUCAUAGAUGCCCUCUCCUGUAUACAAACCUCAAUCGUCUCAUGUCUGUGUAAUCAGAAAUUCAAAUUUUAAAAUUUUCAUUUUGGUAUGGUCCUUUAAGCUGGAGGGAGGCAGUUCCUACUUUAGAGAUGACAUAGGCUAGAGGGAAAAAUGGCCAGAUGUUCAUCUAAAGGGUGUGAAAUUUAUAGAUGAGGAAAUCUUGGAAAUGUAUUCCAUGCACAAGGAUGGUUCUGUGUAGCACUGGAUGCUAUUAUAUCCCAGUCCAGAAUGCGAGUCCUGAAGACCAAGUCUGUGUGCCAGGCUCAUCUCCAACUCUAAGUGGAAAGCACUGUCCCUUGGGCUAUUCAUUAGGAGGUGAUAUUUCCCCAUCCUAGUAACUUUCUAGCCUGUCCUUAUGAUGCUACUGCCCUCCUGGUGAAAGCUUGUGAAACAAAAAUAGAGUGUUUAAGUCAGUAUCAUCAAACCAGUCUUGUAAAUUGGCAAACACAUUAAUUUGCCAUCAGAAUCAUUACAUUAUAUAUUCCCUAAGUACCCUCACCCUAAAGUAGAGAAAGACUCCUGUUCUACUUUGCUGCCCACCCCUGCUGUGACCCUUGAAUGUCACUCCACAGGAGGACUCAUUCGUUUGCUCUGUAAUGGCAAAUACUCCUUUAGCUCUAUCUAUAACUCAACUAGACAUUUUCUAGUAAAUGAUUCUUAAAAUUCUCUAAUAAAAAGCAAUUCUUACUGUAAUAUUUUUAGUGUGAAGAUACAAUUUCCUAAGGGGGGAUUAAUGAAAAUUUUUAUGCAUUAGCCCAAUUUAUGGAUUCCAUGUUUAUUAUAUGGUAGUGCUGGAGAAAAGUACCUUUUAAUCUAUAUCUUUGCAGUUUCUUCAUCAACCCUAAGUAAACUUCAUGAUGAGCAGUGCUCCCACAACUGCUGCUUCUGUACAAAGCUCAUUGUUUUACUUACCUGUCAAAGCACAUUCUAUAUGUACUGUAAACAGAUAUCACUUUAGUAAGAUUUAGUCUUAAGAUUUUUCCACUUUUGUCAGUAACCAAUAUUUAUGGAUUAAAAAAAUAAAAGUGUUUCAACAUAACUUGUUUUUCUUAAAGUAGCUACAUGCUUGUUUUUAUAAACACAAAAAACAAGUGAAUCAAAAAAAUCAAAAUGAAUGUACAAAACUAUUAAAACUAUGAGUAUAAACAGAGAUUAAUUGCAAAUUUGAAACCGGGAAAUUUUAGUGAUGGAAGCAUUUUAAAAGUAGUUUAUGGUGAUUGUUACACAACUGCAGAAAUUCAUUAAAAAGCACCAAGCUAUAUACUUAUGAAGCAUAGAUUGUCUGAUAUUCAAAUUAAAUGCCUUCAAAGGUAGUAAAUAAAAGAACUGUAGGAAGAUAGACUUAGGACAAGUAUCAGUGAGUAAGGUAUGCCAAUUUAAAGCAAAAUUUAAAAUUCUAACUUUGUAUCCAUAUUUACCUACUUUAAUAUGAUUAUUCAUGGACAUUAGAUCUUAAGAGUUUGGUACUAGAGAUAGUUCUUUAUGGUUAUCAUGCAUAAGAGAAACUGAGGUGAUAAAAUACCUCUUUAAACAGAGAGCAAAGUUAUACCUUAAAAUUGUAUUUAAUGGUCUAUUUUUUUAAUAAUUUUCUUUUACAUUUUUACAUAUUUAUAUUAUUUUAGUUUAAAGCUACUUAUUUUUGCUGCUAAGAUAGUCUAUGCUGUGUUUAUGAGUUCCUAUUAUAACCUAGGAAAUGGAUGGUGGUUCAGGUUUAGCAAACAACACGAUGCCACUCAGCGGGACACGGUCUCCAGCCAAACUCAGCACUUCCAUUGUCCCUGGAACUAAAAGCCAAUUAUAUCACUAUCUAAUCCAUUGAGCUUGCACUAAGCAAUUUUUUAAUUCUCUCAUGAUAAUAGCAUUCAUUACUUAAGGAAAAUUAAAACCUGUUUACUAUUCUAGUACACAAUAACAUAACUAUACAUAUUCUGAAAUGGAUUUCGUAGACUAUUACAAUUACUCUGAUGUGACAUUUCUUCUCAGUCAUAGCAUACUGUCUGUCAGAAUAGUCUCUCUCUCUUACACACACACACACACACACACACACACACACGCGCACACACGUACACGCACCAUUCCAAGUAUCCAGAAAUUUUAUUAAUCUACAUUCAUUAUUGGAAAUAACCCCAAUAGAAAUCAAAAUUAUGACUGAGAUUUUAAAGAAGUGUAAUUUAAUUAUACAUUUAAUUUCAUUAUACAAUGCAUACAUGUAAUGACUAAAGAAAUGUAAUGGUUGAAUUAGAUUAGAAACAUGUUUCCUAAUAAAAAUCUCAGUAGACAUUUCUUAUUGCCCAAGUAAGAAUAAUAUGCUUUUAUUAUUUAAUGAUCAGGUGAUAUAAGUACAAAAGUUCUGAAUAGCCUUUAAAUUAUAGUUCUAAAAUUAUUUUAAAGGCUCUUUUCUUAAAUAGGUUAAAGUUAUUUUGGCAGGGUUUUUUGACACUUUGAUGGUGAUGGAGGUAUAGCAACUUUGUACAACAAAACCAUAAAUGUCAAUACUAUUGUAACCAUGUUACCUCAACUACAAUAAAUAAACAAAUAAAUCCCCCCAUUAAAUAAACACUAACAAUUUGUUUCAACUUUUUCUCUUUGACUCUAAAAUAUAAAUGUCCAUUUAGCCUACUUCUCCUAAAUUGGUAAGAUCUAGAUAAAUGAAGUCUUAACAUGGUGUCAUUAAAAGGCCAAGGUCAGAGAAAGUUUAAGAUGGAAGCUCUGAGAUUGAGUGUCUCAGAUAGUUAUUUACUUAUAGUGACAUUUUGGACACAAAUUUUUUUUUCUCUAUGGUUGAAUAUGAGAAGGAAGUUCUCAAACCUGUGGGAAAUAAAAAAUACAUCCAUUCAGGGUUUAAUAAAAGGCAAUUAUUGUUUGGGUUGAAAAUGUGAGAGGAGUAGGGGAAAAAUAGAAGUAACAGAGGUUUGAAUAAAUACUUUGAAAGUUUUGGAAAGUGAAAAAUGGUAACUUUUACAUUAUGAACAUUUUGCCCAAUGUUAUUUCUUCAGUCUUGGUUUUAUCAACAAUGUGGGACAAUUAGAAUCAAAGCUACUUCCUAUGGCCUAUGUAUCACUGUAUAAUAACAAAACAAUAUUCAACUUAUAUCUAGAAUCUCUAUGUAGCUGAAUAAACUUGUGAGUAACCCAUUGUUUGCCUGUCAACUUUCCAAUCCCCUAAGCAUGUCUGACUGUGACUCAGAUCUCAUUCAUUAUGUUAGUUCUGCCAGAAUUUCACUGUUUGACUUGGAAAUUUUCUGAUCUCAGUUUUCUUGUUUAGAAGUAAUUAGUGAGAAAGACGUCUCUAAAUUUCUAAAAUUCCUAUCACCUUUUCUAGCUUCUGCUUCUGUGAUUCUGUCAGAAAUAUGCAGGAAGUUGAUGAGCUCAGCUGAUACAAAUUAUAGAGGAAGAGUGACAUGGUAGCGUAAAAUUAUGAAGGGAAGGAGAAAAUGCUUGACUAGAGUUACUGUUUAUGAGAUUGCAUGUUCUCAGUUGCAAGUAUUGUGUUAGCAAGAUGACUAUAGAUAAAAAGGCAAUAAGAGAGUAGAACAAUAAAGUUUUAGAAAACUCCCUC